AUGUCUUCAAGUGUUAGCAUCGGAUCUUCCGCAGAGUUCAGCAAGUUAUUGAGCUCCUCGACAGUUGUAGUGGCAGACUUCUACGCAGACUGGUGUGGACCAUGCAAAGCUAUUGCUCCUACCUACGAGUCCCUGGCAGCGAAGCAUUCGAAGCCGAACCGUGUCACUUUCACCAAAGUCAAUGUCGACAAUCAGCCGGAGAUUGCGCAGAAAUACGGUGUUAGAGCGCAAGUCCCCUCUCCCUCGCCCCCAAGGCCCCAGCUAACAGACACCAGCAUGCCGACCUUCAUGAUUUUCAAAUCCGGCCAAGUAAUCAACACGAUUCGUGGUGCCGAUAAAAAUAGCCUUACGACUGCCGUCGAAGCGGCUGUCAAGCUCGCCGGAGCUGCGGCUCCAGCCUACUCCUCCGUUGGACGAACCCUCGGUGGAGCUUCAUCGCAUCGGGCAUCAAUGGCGCGACCGUUUAAUUUCAAGAGCAUCAUCGAUACGAUUAUUGGGUUCCUCGGGCUUUACUUCACAAGCUUGUUCUCUUUUGAUGCAUAUGCGGCGGCGGAGAGCAGCCCGUUCAAUAUCCACAGGGUGACACAACCAUCAGUUACGACAGCUACUGGGAGGAAGGUUGAGAAGAGGACAGGGGCUACGACACAAGCUGGGAAGAAGCUAGGGACGAUCUCGGAUUUUGCGAACAGGGACUAG